GUAGUGGCUGGCAAGGGCAGCUACAGCGCAAGCAAAUGGGCCGUGGAGGCGAUUGGGAAGACAUUGGCUCUGGAGCUCCAGUCUGCCAACAUCGCAGCAGUGACCCUUGACCCGGGUGUGGUCAACACUGAUAUGCUCGCUGAGAGCUGCACCACCGACGAGGAGAAGGCCUGGUGCCUCCAGCAGCGGAGUCCUGAAGACUUUGCAAAGGAAACGGCCCCGUUUCUGUUAUCCCUGGGCUUGGAGGACACAGGAAGGAACCUGGUUGCUCCUGGAUGUCCGGACAGCUACUACCAGACGGGUGUCUCCUACAAGGACAGACCCGCUUGGGCCAACGGCUUUGGGCCUUUCCGCCCGGCGCGCGAGGACGUGGAGCCGGAGAGGAAGCGGCAGAGAACCUCGCGAAAUAGUCAGCCCAGGAAGUAUUUCAUCUCUGGAGUCAUGCUCGCGAGCAAGAAGAAGCUGAAG